AUGGAGCUCUGUUGCAGAGGGAAACUGAGGGACCUACGGUGCCGAUACAUGGAGAGCAGUUUGCGGAUCUCCGAGAGUCUCCAGCGAGACGAGCAAAUGGAAACAAGGCUGAGUAUGAAUAUGAACAUAAAAAGCUUAGCAUCUGUGCUGACAGAUAUGCAGAAGCUAAAGCGUGCAGAAGAAAUGAAACGAUACAGUACCUUCGACAGAAGAAUUUCCUUUUUAAAAAGAAACAAAAUAAUAAAUAAAACAAAUUACAAAUCUGGACGAACAAUUUUGGAGAAGAGACUCUUGGCAGUUGAUUGUGAACUAAUUAAAAUUCCUGGAGAUGGUAACUGUCUGUUUCGAUCCAUUUCAUGUAAUUUAUUCAACGAACAAAAGUAUCAUAUGUAUGUACGAAAAAGGUGCGUGGAGCAUAUGCUAAAAUGUAAGGAUGAGUUUUCCAUUUAUUUUGAAGAAGGCACCUUUCAGGAGUACACAGAAAAAAUGUCUCAGAAUGGCUACUGGGGGGAUGAGUUAUGUAUCAAGGCCACAGCAGAUGCCUUCGAUUGCGUUGUUUAUAUUAUCACUUCCACUGAGGAUAACUGGCAUUUGAAAUACGAGUCUAAGCAUCGAACCCAGGGGGAGUACAAGAAGUGCGUGUUUCUGGCCUACACCAGCCCCGUACAUUACGACUCCUUUAGGCUCAUUCGGUCGUGA